AUGGAAUUGCAGCUUCCAAACCGAGGGGUCUAUACAGACCCGGACCAUAAUCUCUUCAUCAAAGAGGCAGAACCUACCCUCGAUCACAUAACCGAUGGAUCAAGCUUAGCAGAGGGAGAAAUCACAGUAGCAAUCAAGUUUAGUGGAAUUUGCGGUUCGGACGUGCACUUCUGGAAGCAUGGCGGGAUCGGUCCGUGGAAGGUAAACCAAGCGCAUAUAUUGGGGCAUGAGUCUGCAGGCCUUGUCGUCAAGGUCCACCCUUCCGUCACGACACUCGCAGUCGGAGAUCGCGUCGCGGUGGAACCUCACAUUGUAUGCAAGGCAUGUGAACCGUGCCUUACCGGACGCUACAAUGGGUGCAAGAAUCUGCAGUUCCGCUCCAGUCCGCCAUCUCAUGGUCUCUUGCGGACCUACGUGAACCAUCCCGCCAUCUGGUGCCAUAAGAUCGGCGAUCUAUCAUUUCCAAAAGGCGCCUUGCUGGAGCCACUGAGUGUCGCACUCACCGCAGUGACUCGUUCGGGGGUCAAGAUUGGAGAUCCGGUGUUGAUUUGUGGCGCAGGGCCAAUUGGGUUGGUGGUGCUGCAAUGCUGCCGCGCUGCUGGGGCGUAUCCCAUUGUGAUUAGCGAUGUUAACCCGGCGCGUCUACAGUUUGCACAACAGUUCGUGCCUGCUGCUCGAACACUGCAGGUUCGGCCGGAGGAGACGGACAAGGAAUUCGCAGCUCGGGUGGUGCAGUUGAUGGGUGGGGAGGAUUGCGAGCCCGUGGUUGCCCUGGAAUGCACGGGAGUCGAGAGUUCCAUCGCCAAUGCUAUUCAGAGUGUCAAGUUUGGGGGCAAAGUGUUUGUGGUCGGCGUGGGCAAGGACAAGCUUCAGUUUCCAUUCAUGCGACUGAGCGAGCGCGAGAUUGAUCUGCAGUUCCAGCAGCGCUAUGUCAACAUGUGGGCGCGCCCCAUCCGAGUGAUGUCCAGCGGAGUGAUUGAUUUGGACCCGAUGAUCACGCAUGUCUAUGCCUUUGAAGACGCUUCCAAGGCGUUUAAGACGGCGUCGGAUCCGAGUAGUGGCUCAAUCAAGGUGCUGAUUGAGGGACCAAAAUAA